GCAUCAGCGGCCAAAGCCAAGAAGAAAGGCAAAGUCCUCCGUGGACAAGAACUCCUCCUCUUGUGGCAGAGAAAGAAGCAGAGUCCAGGUGACAAAGGGAGUAGACCUGCAGCGGGAGCAGCAGAGGGAGAAAGUCAGGAGCACGCAGAGUCCAAGGCCACUUCCUCCCCCCUCAAAAGACCUUCACUCGUAGCUCCUGCGCUCACUUCCACCUUCAGCCGCAGCUCUCCGGUGAAGAGGUCGUCGCUGGUCAAGGCUCUGCAGUUUGACACCGAGGUUCAGAAAGACAGCAGCACUGAAGCCCCGAGCUCAGAGCGCCCUGUCCCCUCCUCCCUCCUCCACCUCCUCGGCCAGGUGGCCGAGACCGCGGAGGACAAGUACCGCCUCCUGGAGCAGAGAGACAAGAUCUUGCGUCAAGGUCGGCCCAAGAGGACGGACCUGGACCUGUCGAAGGUGUUUGUGGGGACGUGUCCUGACAUGUGUCCAGAGAAGGAGAGGUACAUGAGGGAAACACGGAAACAGCUGAGCAUAUUCGAGGUCGUCCCGGAUUCUGAGAUGGUGGAUCACGCAGCAGCCGUCAAGGAGUACAGCCGCUCAUCAGCCGACCAGGAGGAGCCCCUGCCAUACGAGCUGCGCCCCCUGCCUGUGCUCAGCAUGACCAUGGACUAUCUGGUGACUCAGAUCAUGGACCAGGGCCAUGACAACUACCGGGACUGGUAUGACUUUGUCUGGAACAGAACCCGCGGCAUCCGCAAGGAUAUCACCCAGCAGCACCUGUGCUGCCCACACACGGUGUCGCUGAUCGAGAAGUGCACGCGCUUCCACGUGCACUGCGCUCACCACCUCUGCGAGGAGCACAUAUCGACUUUCGACGCCAAGAUCAACAACGAGAACAUGACAAAAUGCCUCCAGAGUCUCAAAGAAAUGUACCAGGACCUCGCCACGCGUAACAUCUACUGCUCCCGGGAGGCAGAGUUUCGCCUGUACAACGUGCUGCUGAAACUCAACGACGGUGACAUCCUGCGUGAGGUGCAGCAGUUCCGUGACGAGGUGCGCAAUUCCCCGGAGGUGAAGUUUGCCGUGCAAGCAUUCACUGCAGUCAACAGCAACAACUUUGUGCGCUUCUUCAAGCUGGUGAAAGGAGCCUCCUACCUCGCCAGCUGCCUCCUACACAGAUACUUCAAUCAGGUCAGAGCGAAGGCCUUGAAGACGUUGAACUUGGCUCACACCGUGGGUCCACGAUCAACUGCGUUUCCACUGGAGGACGUAGUUCGGAUGUUAAUGUUCCGCAACGCUGCAGAGGCAACUGACUUCAUCCAGCAGUACGGCCUCAAUAUCAACGAUGAUCUGGUAGAGCUGAGUCGGGUCGCCUAUCAGGAGCCAGACCUGCCUCUGUCCCAGAAGAAGUCCGAGGUCAUCCUCUCAAAGAAAACAGUGUUGAUUGGAGAGGUGGUGAAUGGAGGCCCCCUCCCUGUUCGGCCCCAGCACAACCCUGUCUGCAGCUUUGACUCCCAGAACAAGUACCGUGGGGAAGGCCCUCUGGCUGAACCCCCUGCAAGCCAGUUUAAAGCUAUUGCUGCCAAGGUGAAUGCUGAGUUGCUGACCCAGGCCGUGUCGGUCGAGGACCAAGGCAUGGCCCACGCGUUUGGGAUUCCUCCGACUGUUACCGAUGAGACCGGAGAGCCCAGCGAACCGUAUCACAGCUCGGCCCACCCGGCGGACGCCCAGCAGCUGUUCCAGCCGAUAUCUCAACCUCAGCCUGUCAAAUCAGCAUCUCCUCCACCCAAACCUCAGCCAGUGUACAGCAAUGAGGACGUUACGGCGGUACUAGACUGUGUGAUUGAAGAGGUAGUCGAAGCAGCGGUGAGGGAGGUAGCCGACGCUGGUGCCAGCUACGUCACCACAGCUCUCUCGGAGAGCAGUGUGCAGGCAGAGACUCUGGUGAGUGAGGUGUUGGGACAGAUGCUGCAGGAGAUGUCCUCCACUGAGAUCAGGCUGGAACAGGAGCGUGUUACUGAAGAGAAACGCAAGGUUGAAGAAGCCAGGAGGAGGCAGGAGCAUGAGGCCUUCCUGGUUAAUUUCAGCUUCUCUCUCUGCACCGAGAUCAUCUAUGAAGUUUUGGAUGAGUCCAUCAAGGAGACCGCCACCUCUGAGAUCCAAUGGGCAGUGAAUGAGAAAGCAGACCGUGUGGCUAAAUGCACAGAACAGGUCUGUACGAGUCUCGUUGAGGAGACUCUGAAUGCAGACAUCGCUCUGUUAGUUGAAGAUAUCCUUGAAGCUGAGCUGCAACGCAUCCACAAGUAUAUCAAAAGGUGGCGUGAUGUGGUAGCAGUACGUCGGCAGCUAAAGAGACAGAUGAGAGGUUUCCCUGCAGCUCCUUGCUGCGUGGACCCUCGAUUCAAACUGAAGGCUCUGGCUCCCAGCGCCCCAGCACAGCCCUCUAUUGCAGAUCUGGCCCGUGGUGUGGUCAACCUGGGAAACUCCGGCACCUUGGCCCUCUCCAGCACCAGGUUGUUGAAAAUGAGACAAGAAGUCAUCCACCAGAUGAGAGUCCACUACUACUAUCAGCUCCUGCUUGAUGAGACAGUGUGGGCACCUCUCGACCUGCCAGCACUAGUGACAGAAAAUAUCUCCAACCCCCCUGACCGAAUCUUCUGGAAAGCGGUUCUCCUCUUGCCGAGCGACCACGAGAGUGUGGCGAGCCUGUCAGACAGGAUCGUGUCAGACUGGCUGGAGGUGAAGCUUAGUGGUGGCAAGGGGUCAGAGCCAAGUGAGGAGCAGCUUGACGGGACACUGCAGACUCUCUGUGUCACCAACUCACUCCAGGAAAAAGAACACCACAUUCACAAAGUCCACGUCUGCGUCAAGGCGUCCCGAGGCCCUCUGACUGAAGACGGCCUGUCCAAAAUGGAGGAGUGCUGUGAGCUCCAUGGGACAGGAGCUCUGAUCACGUUGCUCCCCGCCCUCCCCAUCGUUGAGCCUGGGCAAGACGAACAGGAUGUACCUCUGCUGUCAGCCCUGCUUCAGCUCAAACAGCUGCAGCAGGCCAGCACCUGGCACUGCCCGCUGCCUCUGGUCAUCCUGGUGCCAGGCCCGCAGGGUGGCACUGGUGAUAUACAGAAACUUGAAGAAGCCCUGAUGCUGCACACACUGGUCAAGGAAGGCCUGAUAUCGGAGUACACGUUCCUCUUCAUACCAGAGACCACAAGUGACCUACAGGGAUCCAAACAGUGGCUGCUCGCCCGUGCUCCACCACCCUUCCCACUCUCCUGCCAGACUCUGGUGCAGCUCGUAGAGGCCAGAUUGAGUCGCGAGUUCAGUCCCAGAGUUUACGCUCACCGCCAGGAUCGUGCUGCUGCAUGUCUUCCUCCCGAAGAACCCGCGCCUAUCAUCAAGCUGUACAACGCCAUCCUGGCUCACAUUGCUAACACAGUGUCGUCGCAGGAGCUCAGCAGACUCUCGUGGCCACCAAACGAGUUCUGCCUUUCUGAUAACCGUGAGUUUGUCCCUCAUCUGGGCUGGAACUCUGUCCAGCACCUGGCCUGGCUACGCGAAGCCAUCCUCAGCCUGCAGCUGCCACAGUGGGAGCAGCUGUCAGUCACAGACUCGUGGUCUGAGCUCUGCUCCUCCAUCUUUCGCUACGCCGCUCAGAUCCCGGUUUCACGCCGCAGUCAGCCUCUCCUAAUGUCGCGGCUGGAAAACCUUCUGGAAAGGGUCCACCUAAAGGUUCGCCAUUCCCGAAUCCCCAGAUCCAAGGUAACUACGAGCAACUGGGACGAGGUAGACGAGAGUUUGUGUCCAGCCUUCUGUCAGAUUCCUUGGGACGACGUGCUGGUGAUUUGCAUCGACCACAAGCUGAAAGACUGGCAGAUCCCCGGAGCACCUGUCUGUGCAGACGCUGUGACGGAGGACGGGGAGAUCCUGGUUUACUUCCCCAGGGAGUCGUUGAAGGAUUUCCAGCCACCUGAGGAAUGGACCCAGGCUAUCAAGCAAACCCACAGGGAGAAGCAGCAAGAGAAGGAAGGGGCGAGUGCAGCUGCUUGUGCCACACCCACCAGUCUGUCCCUCAGACAGAGGUUGUUCCACAGCCUGAUGGAACCUCUCGAGGUCCCGACAUCCUCGCUGGACAUCACGCACACUCCCACAACACAAGAGCUUCUGGCCCACAAAGUCCUCCAGAGCUUAGAGGAGGAGAAGGCUGAAAGCAAAAGGACCAUGGAGCAGCUUCAGCGCUGGCUGGAUGGGGACCCCGUGGAGCACUUGUCCACACCGCUUUUCGUUCCAUCCUCCACUCUGUUGUCCAUGCCCACAACAAUAACGCAUGCACCCGCUGCCAAGACUCGGGACGCCGCUCUCACACAGGAGUCGGAGCCUGAUGAUCUUUCAGACAGAGCAAACUGGACUAAAACCACACCGGUAUCUAUGGCAUGGCGACUCAAGGAACUGGAGCGACAGAUUUUGGCGAGCCAAGAGGAAGAACUGGCCUGCAGACUGAAGCUGAGCGGUCUGCUAAGCAUUGUUGAUGACUGAUGAACUGAUGGAGUUCAAUAUUGUAACCAAUGACUACGUAUACCGUUUUGCAAUUUCUUUUGAAAACUGAGAACAAUCUGUGACUCUGUUCAAGUCAGAUUCACUGAUUGCAACAGUGUGUGUCUUUAUUUUGUGUGUGUGUAUUGAAGUCUGGCUUUGUACAAUAGGAAAUGAAAAUCAAGAUUUUAUCAAUUAUUUCGUAACAGAUUUUUGCAUUUACGACUUGAAAAGGUGUGUGUGCGUGUGUCUAUACAAUGUCUUAAAAUUUUUGGUUGGUUUUUGCUCAAAUGUGAUAAGAUGCGGAUGCUCAAAGUGUGUUUGAAUCUCUAGAGAAGCUGCUUCUGUCUUCAGUGUUUGAACCUAUUUUUUUAUGUUAUGAAAUCCUGCAACUGCUAAAAUUGAAUAAAAGUGUUAUUUUUUAUGUACA